CCCCCGAAGCUUCGUGUAUAAAUGGACUCUAGUCCAUGGUGUUAACCUGAGAGGCAGUGAGGGGGAGAGUGAGAUGGGUUCGAAUAUGGCGGAGCUAAGGUUGGAUUUGAAUCCAGGGUGCGAACUGAAAACUGUGUCUAGCUUUCUGAGAGAAGUUUCGAUGAUGAGAGACAGUUCUGAGAAAUUGUCGAAGCUUGAUGAUUAUGUUAAAGGAUUGGAAGAUGAGAUGAGAAAGAUCGAUGGCUUCAAACGAGAACUUCCUCUCUGCAUGCUGCUCUUAAACGAUGCGAUUUUGAGAUUGAGGGAGGAAGCAAUGCAGUGUACUGAAUCGGAGGGUGGACAUGUCACAGAAGAAUUCAUUCCAUUGAAGGGUAGAUCUGAAGGAGAUGAGGGAGCAGAAAUGGGAAAGGAUUCAAGUGACAAGAGGAGCUGGAUGAGCUCUGCACAGCUCUGGAGCUGUAACCGAAGCUCUGAUAAUAACAAUAAAAAAUCAGUACUAGAAUUCCAACAGAGAAAUGAGGAAGAUAAUAACUCUGGGUCUGAGAAUCCGAUUCGGCCUUGUAAUUAUGGAAACAGGGCAGGGGCAUUUGUGCCAUUUAAGGUGAGCUCUGGUUUUCCGGCGAAGGGAGACAAGGAGGUUGUGCCAAUUGCUGGUCUUUCUCUCAUGACUCCGAUGGUCGAAGUGGAUCCUAACAAUUCGAAUUCAAAGUGUGGGAAUAGUGGGGAAACUGGUUCUGGUUCUGUUUCGACUUUGUUGACAGACUCGAUGAGGCUACAGUGCAAAUCGCAACAGCAGCCAUCGCAACAGGGAAUCAGGAAACAGAGGCGGUGCUGGUCACCGGAGCUACAUCGGCGUUUCGUCAACGCUCUUCAACAACUUGGGGGAUCUCAAGCAGCCACUCCUAAACAGAUUCGAGAACUCAUGCAAGUGGAAGGUCUCACUAACGAUGAAGUAAAAAGCCAUUUACAGAAAUACAGACUUCACGUCCGGAGGAUCCCAUCCACUUCAGCUGCUCCUGCAAAUGGAUCAUGGGUGCCCCAAGUUCAGGUUGGAGACGUCCCAAAGAAAAACAUUUCCCAGUCCGGCUCUCCACAAGGCCCACUCCAUUUAGCUGGGUCUGCUAAAGGUGUAUCAGGUACUGGAGGAGACAGCAUGGAGUACGAUGAAGAUGAUAAAUCCGAGGGCCACAGUUGGAAAGAUCAGCUUCACAAGCCAGGAGAAGAUGACGUAUAGUCAUGCACUGAUCCCACCAUGAAUUUUGCAGAUACAAAUAUACAUGGGGAAUCGGACUGUGACAUUAGAAAAAAAAAAAACAUAAUAUACAGAGAGCGAAACUAACAUUCUGAAGUCUUUUUGAGGCACCCAUCUCUUAGAAGAGAGGGUUAGAUUUUGCAGGUUCUUUAGACAGUUUGAGUCUUCUCACCUUUUCAUUGAGGCUUUGUAGCUCUUCCCUUUGUUGGAGGACUGGAGGAAGCUGACAUGAUAAUCCUUUUCUAUAAUAAAGUUCUCUGUCUUGCAUUUAGUUUUCA